AUGCGAGCGGGCGAGUUCGACUCCUCGGAGGACGAGGCCGCGGAGGAGAACCCGAAGCCGCUCCCCGUGUCCUGGUUGUCUUUGUCUCCUGUCUACCCUUCCGAGCUCCUGGGGUUAUGUUCCCUUCCAGGUUGCAGGUUUAAGGAUGUUAGAAGAAAUCUUCAGAAAGAUAUAGAAGAACUAAAGAGCUAUGGGACCCAGGAUGUGUUUGUGCUUUGUACCAGAGGAGAGCUCUUAAAAUACCGAGUACCAAACCUUAUAGACACCUACCACCAGCAUGGGAUGUGUGUGCACCACUAUCCUGUUCCUGAUGGGGAUGCUCCUGACAUUGCCCAGUGCUGCAAAAUCCUGGAAGAGCUCAGAAGCUGCCUGGAAAGUAACCGGAAAACAAUCAUACACUGCUAUGGUGGCCUCGGACGCUCGUGUCUCAUUGCUGCUUGUCUCCUGCUUCAACUUUUAGAGGAUCUGGCACCUCAGGAAGCCAUGGACAGCCUCAGAGCCCUGAGAGGAUCUGGGGCCAUACAGACUGUCAAGCAAUACAAUUACCUCCACGACUUCCGAGAGAACCUGGCUGCCCACCUGGCAACAAAGGACACGGUAUCGCGAUCGGUAUCGCGGUAA